UAAGAGGUGGCCAGGGUGACACUGGGUGGAGGUUUUGUCUCGUUUGGGAGUCAUCCUUUAGUUGGGAUAGCUACACACACACGUGUGUGUGUGUGUGUGAGUGCCGGUCCUGUGUGUGAGUGCCGGUCCUGGGCUCCCCCCCCCUCCCCUAGGUCGGCUCGGCCUCAAGCGAGUACCUGUUGUAGCGGUGUGGAGAAAACAUCGCAACUUGGGAGAGACAAAGGCGGUCGGGCGUGGUGCUGGCCCCCCACCCCCUUCGUGAUCAACUCGGUCCCAGCAGUCUGUUAAAGGGUCGAUAGCUUUGUUAUUGAUCUCGAUUUGACGUUUUCGCUCUCCUCGUGCGAAGUCACGUCUCGUCGUGUGAGCGACAACGCCGCCACCGCCGCCGCCUCAUCUCGACAGCUGUUGUUGUUUAUCUGUGGCAGGAAGACCGAGUGUGAAACGCUCUCUUCAAAGUCUGCGAAGAAGGAUACAUGGGAGACGAGAACCGAAUCACGGGCACCUGAACGUUGCCACCUGUGCAAGAGCAACACGGGGAGAUGUUCGCGCGGCCCGCGGCCCUGCGGCGCAGCCUGCGGCCUUGCCUAAGCGGUCCCGUCUUUGCCACGCCACAUAUUCCCCUGUCCUCCGACUGUUCGUCGCCCCGCUCUACCUCUUGGUCAGGGCCGUGGCACCGCCGUUCCCCCUUCUCGUCGCGCCCCGCACGGACGGCAUUGUCGCGGGAGGAUGCGGAACUCCUCGUGGCAUCGUGCCUCGACGUGCCGAACCGCGAGCGGUGCCGGCGGGAGCUGGCCCGGAGGGACCGUGGGACCACGCGGAUGCAGCAGCAGCAGGUGCAGCAGGUGCAGCAGGUGCCCAUCCCCAUGUGGACUCCGUCCCAGGGAAGCCGUGUCGACGCCGCAGUGCUGGUGUCGCUGUGCCGGCACGCCGGGGGGGAGCCCAGCGUGCUGCUGACGCUGCGCUCACGCACCAUGCCCGGCCGACAUAGCGGGGACGUCUGUUUCCCCGGCGGCAAACAGGAAGAGGGGGACCGGGACGUGGUGGAGACGGCGUUGAGGGAGGCGCGGGAGGAGCUGGGGGUGGACAUCAGCGGUGACUCCGUGUGGGGGCUCCUGACCCCCGUUCCGGACGUGACGGGCAAAAUGAUGGUGUGGCCUGUGCUCGCGGACCUGGGAGAAGUUGACCCGGGCGCCUUGAAUCCCAACCCAGACGAGGUAGAGGAGGCAUUCCUCGUCUCUCUGCGCCACCUGUGCGAGCCCGCGCACCAGGGCUACACGCGGUUCCGCGCUCACGGCGGCCGCUACGCGUACACGCUGCCGCUCUUCAGCACGGGCCGCUCGCCCCACGCUGCCUCCGCUGCGGCGACGUCGUCGGCAGCUUCGUCGGCGGCGUCGGCCUGGGGCGAUCGCAGGGUGUGGGGCCUCACCGGCGUGCUGCUGGACCAGGCGCUCGCUACGCUCCUGCCGGAAGUCUACAGCUCCAAGGUUCACGGCGCCAGAUUCUCGCGCCCCUCUGGGGGCAAGGGUCAAACGCGGGUCACCCGGACUGACCAGUAGCGGUGGCAGCAGCAGCAGCAGGAGGAAGAGGGCGG